AUGGCCUUGUCCCGCUCGUCAACGAGGCUUACGACGCCAGAGGCUUUGGCUUUACAUGAGACCGUAACUCCCGACCGUUGGUGUGUCACGCGAUCAGACCUGAUCUAUUUGCGGCAGGAGGUUUGGCGUGCCAUCCAGUGCGGGGAGAUUCGUCCUCUUGAUGACCGUGACCCGUUUGAGUCAUCAGACAAUCAGUAUGGGCCAAACAUCCACACGGUGAACACGCAGUACAUCAUGCCAGUGACGGAGGAAGCCGGCAAGGUCAGCUGGGCACUGAUGUUGCAUCCCGAUGGUCUGGACUGCGACUUGUUCAUCAGCCAUGCCUGGCAGGAGGGUGUUUUCGAGUUCCUGUCCAAGGUCUUGCACUCCUGGCCGUCGGGUUCGCGGAACGUCUGGUGCUGCAUGCUGGCCAACCCGCAGAACUUGGACAUAGGCUCCUAUUUGCAAUCUCCCAGCACAUCGCCCUUCGCACGAGCACUCCAAGCGUCUACGUGCGUCCUUGUGGUGCCCAACCGUCACUGCAGCAUCUACACGAGGCUCUGGUGCGGCUACGAAGCCUACCGUGCCCACGAGGAGGAAAAGACCAUCUAUAUUGCCAGAGCUUCGAACAGCAAGCAGUUGCGCCGUGCCAUUCUCUGGGGCAGCCUCUCAGGACUCCUCGGCAUGCUCUGUGGCUUCUGCUUGCGAUACAUCACGAUCCGGCCGAUUCCCUUGUACAUCUUUGUGGUGGCGGCAUGUAUCAGCACCAACAUCAACCACGAUGGCUGUCGCAAGCUCUUGAACAGGAUCGGUGCUAUGGCUGUCGGCAUCAUUUUCGUGCAUUGGCCAACAGAUGUUGAGGAUAUACCUGCUUUUGCAGAAUUUGUGGAGCAGCGCCUGCUUGUUCUUGCUGCUUUGGCUUUAUUCUUUCUCUUGGAGGUGGACCGCAUUAACAGCGAAGCUAAAGUGGAGGAAGCCAAGCAUCUGAGUUGUGGGUUUUCAGGCAGCAUCGCGCAGGCAACAUGUUCCAAGCAAGCGGACGCAGAACGGAUUUUCCGUGAGAUUGGAGAGAAAACCGCGAACGUCGACUACGCUAUCCACGUGCUUCUAGCUGCAGGGAUGUCAUCGCCAACACUUCGCGAGAUUGCACGUCGAGGGAUUAAUGUUCGAGGUGCCGGUCACGCCGAAGUUGCUGUUGCUUUCGUUGCUCUCGUGCCGCUUACCUGUGAAACGUUGUGGUCAAUUUAUUGCGACGUCGUCUACCUUCGCGACGGCAUUAGCAUAGGAUUUGUCCCCCUGUGGCUCAUCCACGGCAUCACCGUUGUGGCUCGUCUUGGCCUGCUCUUCCUUUUAUGGCAGAAGCCCCGCGACGAAAGGUGUUUCAUCUUGAAAAUGACGUCGAAGAUACUGGUACUUUACCUGAUCAUCUGUUGCCCUCUUCUUGCAGUUUGGGAGACCCAGCGGAGCGAAGCUGAACAGUUUCGACGGUGGUUUGCUUUGCCAUUGACGCUUUACUCGUGCACUUUCGGACUUGCGUGUCUUGGCAUGAAGCGACUCGCCUCUCUGCCCCUUUGCGGAAGUGCCUUACUGCAAAUCUUUUUGGCGCGCGGAGGCUGCUGCGUUGUGCCGAGCGACGAGCCCUUUCGCACUCCGGUGCAAAUGGAGACGGAAUGUAACAGCGAUUCGUCUUCGUCCUCAACUGAGUCUACAGAAUAG